AUGGAAGAAGGCACGUUGGAACAGCUUUAUAUCCCAUACGGAGUGUCUCGCCGAACCCCCAGAGCGGUUAACGAAGCCAACGAAUCUAACGACCGACCCACGUUUACGAAUUUUGCGCGGCAACGCCAGCCGACUGUGCAGCGACCUUCUUCCUCUUCAUCAGCCGAUCAAUUUCGACCUUCGAGCGCUUCUGACUCCCAGCGUCCAUUACGUCGUAUUCCGCGUCAGUCAGAGGUUCGCCAAUCCCUCCAUAGACGAGCUGUCUCUCUAGGUGUUCCGGGCUCAUACCCCAAUCACCCCCAACCGGCACAGACAAACCCGGUCCCUGUACAACGCGCGCCGACCAGUGGCAUUGCAGCGCUACGCCCGGCCCUUUCCGAAGCACACACUGACGACAACGGUUCUACCAUCGACGACCCGUACCAGCUUCUCGAUUCUUCGUAUUGGCCGCAGAGAACAACCAGUGUUUCAUCACGCACCGCGUCAGCAAUACUCUUUGCGCUUGAAGAAGCCAUCCGUGGACCGUUGCAGCUUUCUACUGACUGGGACGAAGUGAAUGCUUCAAUGUCAGACAUGGUAGGUGUUGCUGGCCCCGCUGGGCCUAUGGGCAAUGGCCGUGUUCAAAAUGUUCAAAACGGUGGACCCCGUGUACCUCAAAACCCCAUUACAGGUACGUCGCAGCCACCCAGUGGUGUGCGGACGCCUACGGAUAUCAUGAGACAACGCCGGGAUCGAGAGGCUCGCCGCAAGGCGGAACAAGAACAAUUGGAAAGACAACAAUUGGAGCAAGAACAACAGGCCCAAGCCCAACAGUACAGUGCUGGCGUUGCCGGCGACAAUGCCUCCCAAGCAAGAAAUAGAGUCCCACGAACAUCUAGAGCCCCCGAAGGACAGCCCCAGAUCGUCCCCGUCGCCUCGGGCGCAGUACCUGGGUAUCGACCAACAGCAGAUGCUACCGCAAAUAGCCGACCAUCAGAAUAUCAGGCAGGACUACCCACAGCUGCCACGGGACCAGUGGCCAGCCAGCCACGACUGGCACAGGCAACCGGCCAGCAGCCCCAGCACGGUCGCUCGCAGAGUGCCGCAGAGGUUGGGGCUCACAUGAAGCCAAGUGGGCUCUCCAAAGUCUCUCAGGUUCCACCCGCAGGACAGCCUGGUGCUCCCCAAGCGCUCCAACAGCCGAAACGCAUUGGGUUUCCGCAUGCAUUCGAGCGAUGGGAGACACUGUCAUCACACUGGGAGGGUCUCACCAGCUAUUGGAUGCGCAAGCUUGAACAAAACAAUGACGAUCUAGAGCGCGAUCCAAUCAGUCAACAAUUGGCUCGACAGAUUACAGACUUGUCUGCCGCUGGUGCCAACCUUUUCCAUGCCGUUGUUGAAUUGCAACGGCUACGAGCAUCUUCCGAACGCAAGUUCCAGCGCUGGUUCUUUGACACUCGUGCUGAGCAGGAACGUUCAAAGGAACUGCAAGCCGAUCUAGACCGCCAGCUCAAGGCAGAGCGACAAGGCCGAGCCGAUGCAUUUGCUGCCGCACAAGAAUCCGAAAAAGACAAAGCCAAGGCCGAAGAGCUCCUCAAAGAGAUGCGACGCGAACUUCAGAUAUCCAAAGAGGAAGCACGCCGUGCCUGGGAGGAGCUUGGCCGUCGCGAACAAGAAGAGCGAGACCGAACCAAUUCUCUGCGCAAUGGAGAGCCCACUCUUACCCGGGAGGGUCCAUACCCAGGUGGUCCAACUGCUACUGCUAUGGCUACGGACGCAUAUCAGAGCACACCGAUGUCUCCCACAGGCUCCGACCCUUUCAUUGAACCGAAAAAGGUUGACCCACCAGCCUCAAAGGCCCCUUACCCGGGCCCACUGUACUCACACGAUAACACAAGUGUUCCGUACCCAGGCCCCGCAACCUCCGAACCCGAUGCGCGGUCGUAUGUUGGAAGCAGCGAAGCCGGUGAUGACGAGUACGCGCAGUAUUCCCAAGACCCACACAACCAGUCCUUCAACUAUCCACCUGGCCCAGCAUCUGAGGGAAGCGAGGAGUAUGACCAGUCCCCGCCAGGGGGUCACUAUAUGCCGGGAGCUUCCUACACAUCUUCUGACGCACCCGCCCCAUUGCAAGCCCCUUACCCACCUACCUCUGCUGCAGACUAUAGUGGCGCUGGCUGGGGCCCUGGUACUGGAUGGGAGUCUAUGACACCGCGCCACCGUCACCCGACACGUCUGAGCGAUGUCCUCGAGGAAGAUGAGCCUAGUCGUACGAGCCCGAGCCGCGCUAGUAUGGCUAGUCGCAGCCAGGCAAGCCGAAGCCAGGCCAGUCGAAGCAUCCUUUGA